AUGGCACGAAAAGGAAAUCCAAUUUCGGUAAGACUUGAUCUGAAUCGUAGUUCAGAUCCAAGUCGGUUCAGUGAUUAUUAUUAUGGUAAAUCAUUGUAUCAAGAUGUCAAUCUUAGAUCUUAUUUCAGUUCGAUACGUCCACCUACGAGACUCACCUUUGGCUUUCGUCUCGGUAGGUGUAUUAUUCUACAUUUUCCCAAAAGGACAUUCAUUCAUUUCUUUCUUCCCCGUCGACCACUACGACUAAAACGACGCGACAAAUCAAGACCCGGAAAGGAUAAGGGCCGGUGGUGGGCAUUUGGGAAAGUCGGGCCGAUCGGGUGUCUUCAUUCAAGCGAGGGUACAGAGGAAGAACGAAACGAAGUGAGAGGCCGGGGGGCAGGGAAAAGAGUCGAGUCGAUCGACCGGGAGAAGCAAAACGAAAUCAGGAUUUGGCCGAAAAAGAUGCAACGUUAUGGAUACCAUGACCGAUCACCAUCGAGAAAGAAGAAUUUUUCUAAAUCACUUCGGGUGAGCGGGGCCUUCAAGCAUCCGAAAUACGCCGGGGUUGUAAAUGACAUAGCCUUCCUGAUAGAAAAUGACGACUCCUUCAUAAAAACAAAGUUAUUCAAGUUCUUUUUUUUACCAAAGAAGUCCCGCUCUGACGGCCCGACGAGUCAUCUACUAAAAAGGACCCUCCCCGCUGUGCGCCCCUCCUUGAAUUAUUCGGUCAUGCAAUACUUUUUUAAUACAAAGAACAAAAUGCAUUUCGACCCCGUCGUAGUUCUCAAUCAUUUCGUGGCACCGGGUGUGGCUGAACCAUCUACGAUGGGGGGAGCGAAGGGAGGAAGCUUAGAUAAGAGAAUACGCUCUCGCAUCGCUUUUUUUGUAGAAAGCUCGACCAGCGAUAAAAAGUGUUUGGCCCGAGCCAAAAAGAGGUUGAUCCACUUCAUUCGCCAAGCGAAUGAUCUUCGCUUCGCGGGAACAACAAAAACCACCAUCUCGCUCUUUCCUUUCUUCGGUGCUACCUUUUUUUUUUCAAGGGAUGGGGUUGGGGUGUAUAAUAACCCAUUUUAUGAGUAUGCCCGGGAACAACUCCUAGGUCAAUUAAGGAUCAAAUGUAGGAACCUCAUGGGUAAGGAUAAGGUAAUGGAAUUGAUAGAGAAAUUCAUAGACCUAGGUAGGAUAGGCAAAUUGAUAAAGGGAAUAGAGAUGAUGAUAGAGAUCAUACUGAGAAAGAGGAGAAUUCCGUACGGGUACAACUCUUAUUUGAACGAAGUGCAAAAAAUGCGAUCUUUUUUGUCUAAUAGAACAAACACUAAUACCUUAAUUGAGUCGGUAAAGAUCAAAUCAGUUUAUCAAAGUGCUUCUCUGAUUGCUCAAGACAUCUCUUUUCAACUGAGGAACAAUCCAAUCUCAUUUCGUUCCAUUUUUAGUAAAAUAGUUAAGGAUAUUCCAUUAAUAAUGCCAAAAGGGGUGGAGGGGAUACGUAUUUGUUGUUCUGGUCGAUUAGGGGGUGCGGAAAUAGCUAGAACUGAAUGCGGAAAGUAUGGAAAAACAUCUUGUAAUGUAUUUAACCAGAAAAUCGAUUAUGCUCCUGCGGAAGUAUCUACUCGUGACGGAAUUUCAGGUGUCAAAGUGCGGAUCUCAUAUAGUCAAAAUAAGAAGGGACGUGCUAUAUCCGAAACGUACGAAAUAUAG